AUCUUCAAGCUUAGCUUCCAAAAUAUUUGUACCUCUUAAAAGCCAAAAACCUGCGGAUAAUUAAAUAAAACUAGUAGUUAAAAAAGUUAAGAGGUAGGUGUCAUUAGUUAGCUUCCUUGCGUGUUGUGUUGGUCUGCAGCAAUGAACACUACAAUGGCGCAAUGUUCACCCCCUAUAUUUACGGCUUUACUCAAACACAAUAAAUCCAAAAUUUCUUCUUUUCAAUUACCAUUUUCCCGUUCAUCUCUCUCGUCAAAUCACCACCGUUACCCUUCUAUUUCUAUGGCCUCUGCAACAACUCAGUCAUCAUCAUCUCAGAGUGUUUCUUCUGGGGAUGUUGCUAGUGAUGAUGCCAAUUUGUUCCAGUUGAUUCAAAGUCACCAAGAAAAGGCUGCUAGGCUUCCUCCUGUUGAGGAGAUCAAAACUGUGCUUCAUCACAGUGUUCGUGCCGUGCUUUCGACUUUUUCUCAGAAGCAUGAGGGUUAUCCAUCAGGGUCAAUGGUUGAUUUUGCUUGUGAUGUUGAUGGAUCUCCAAUCUUAGCAGUGAGCAGCUUGGCAAAUCAUACAAAGGAUCUCUCAGCUAAUACAAAAUGCUCAUUGCUUGUUGCUAGAGAUCCAGAGGAUAGGACUGAUUUGGUGAUCACAUUGCACGGUGAUGCUGUUUCUGUUUCUGAGGAAGAUAUAACCUCCAUUCGAAGUGCAUAUCUGGCCAAACAUCCCAAUGCAUUCUGGGUUGACUUUGGUGACUUUCAAUUCAUACGCAUUGAACCGAAAGUUGUGCGGUACGUGUCAGGAGUUGCAACUGCUUUACUUGGAUCAGGAGAGUUUAGCAAAGAAGAGUACCAAGCUGCUAAAGUUGAUUCGAUAUCUCAGUUUUCUAAGCCCGUAGCGUCCCAUAUGAAUAGAGAUCAUGGUGAGGACACAAGGCUCAUCGUGCAACAUGCAAUGUCAAUACCGGUGGAUUCUGCCUACAUUCUAGAUAUUGAUAGUCUGGGAUUCAACGUUAAGGCCAUCUGUCAAGGGAACGGGUACAAGCUUCGAAUUCCUUUCCCUAGACGUGCUGAAGAUAGAAAGGAUGUGAAGACUCUAAUAGUGGAAAUGCUUCAAGCUGCUAAGUCUCAAGUUAAUUGAUACCGCACUGAAAAAGGAAUAAGGAGGUCAAAAUGAACAGCCUAAUUGAUAGUUGAAAUGGAACAGAGAUCUGCUUGCUGGAAACUUAACAAUCACAUUGCUCUUGGUUUGCUUGCUGCUGAAUCCUGAUACAUCAUACAAAGGACAUUUUUACUUGUAUAAUUAUAAGAACAGCCAUCCAUGAAAUUUAUAAAAAUUGUACAGAUUUCAAAACCACACUCGAAUUGUGCUUGCCAAUUUGUUUCUAUUUUUAGGAAAUGUAUGGAUACUGCAGAAAACUAUCAGAUGAAAUCUUCUGCUGCUAAA